CUCGCGCACGUGACCGAUUUGGGCCAAUCGCUUGGCACUCAGGAGCUGUGAACGACUGCGAGGCUCGUUGCUUGGUGGCGCCAGCGUGAGGAAGCAGAAAAAGUCUCUACAAUCCAUCUCUAAAAGGCCCGGCAGCGCAGACAUGGACAUCAGGCCCAACCACACGAUCUACAUCAACAACCUCAACGAGAAGAUCAAGAAGGAUGAGCUCAAGAAGUCUCUGUACGCCAUCUUCUCGCAGUUUGGGCAGAUCCUGGACAUUGUGGCACUCAAGACGCUAAAGAUGCGGGGCCAGGCCUUUGUGAUCUUCAAGGAGAUCAGCAGCGCAACCAACGCCCUACGCUCAAUGCAGGGCUUCCCCUUCUAUGACAAGCCCAUGCGGAUCCAGUACUCGAAGGUGGACUCGGACAUCAUCGCCAAGAUGAAGGGCACCUUCGUGGAGCGUGAGAAGAAGAAGGAUCGCAAGAAGAGCAAGGCCAAGGAGGAUGCGGCGGCGGCUGCCAAGAAACCGGCCAUCGCUCCUGCCGCUCCCAUGGCCAUGGCCCCCAUGGUGGUGCAGCAGCCGCCCCCAAUGCUGGGCAUGCCCCCCGGGAUGCCCGGAGCCCCCCCGCCCUACAUGCCCCCCCCGGGGAUGAUGGCGCCGGGCAUGGUCCCGCCCCCAUCAGGGGCUAUGCCCCCCAUGCAGCUGGCUGAGAACCCACCGAACCACAUCCUGUUCCUGACGAGUUUACCCGAGGAGACAAGCGAGAUGAUGCUCUCCAUGCUCUUCAACCAGUUCCCAGGCUUCAAGGAGGUGCGUCUGGUUCCGGGGCGGCACGACAUCGCCUUCGUGGAGUUUGAGAACGACGCGCAGGCCGGGGCGGCGCGCGACGCGCUACAGGGAUUCAAGAUCACGCCGACCAACGCAAUGAAGAUCUCGUUCGCCAAGAAGUAGAACUUGUUGGGGGUGGGUGUGAGGGGGGGGGGGGCACGCCGGGGGGCCGCACUGUCCCACGCCAGUCGGGAGGUUUCUUGAGUAAAAGUGUAAAGGUUAGUUGGGGUUAGCGUCGAGUCCACGGCACCCCAGUGACCUCAUCGCUAGUCCUGUUCACAAUGGAAUUGGCCAAACCUCUCCCGGUGGGUGUAGCCGGACCCUGCCGAUGGGCCCCGGUGGCGAUGGCGAUAAACUGGCUGCCCAAGUUCAUCACCCACAUUUUGGUGAAGUUGAUUUUGCCCGUCGCCUCUCCAGUUGACAAUUGGGACACGCGGGGUUCAUGAAACGGAAUUAAGAUCCGAGUUAACAUUUCCCAAUCUAUACAGUGUUUUGAGAAGUGGAUUGAUGGCGCGGCGAUUAGCACUUUGCGCCACGAACCCCCCCAGGCCCAUGCGAGUUUUGAUUUCCUGCCACGACUAACGUGUAAGUAUAACAUGGGGAACCGGUACCUGGCACCAUGCCCGCCCACCACCUAGCAAAUUGGCACGAGCCACGGUGGUGAAGUAUGGGGGAAGGCAGCGAUAUCACUGGAAUUGCCCGCGAAAAGAGCACCGGACCGGUUUUUUAUUUAAAUUCCUCACGAAUCUUCCGGCUUGUGUGGGACGUGGCCGCGCCCCGUGCUUGCCGCCCGCUACGAAAAGAGCCGUGUGUUGUGGUCCCCCGUGUCCCCCCUUGGUUGCAGGUUCCCCGUUGUGUAAUUAUUUUUGCGCCGUGUGUGAAGCGGCACCAGCCUCUUGGGCGAGGGGACUCGUGGCUACCCACCCCCUGCAGCCCUCCACCUCCCCGCCCCCCUUGCUGAGUCGCCAACGAAGGGGGGCAGCGGUGGUCAUGUGACACGCGAAGAGACCAAUCGGGGGGGGGGGGGGGGGGGAGGCGGCCUCUCGCUGCCAUCCAGCAGCGGAGCGGCGUCCUCGCCAUGGAGCAUGGAGACUUGCGACAGUUUUGAUGAACGUGACGGCGAGGAGGUGACGGUGAGGAUAAUGGUGAGGAUGAUGAAUAUGACGGAGAAGAUGAGAACAAUUCUCAAAGUGAUGACAGAGGUGAUGUUGACGACAUUGGCCAUGACGGUAGCGACCGACGAUGAGGACGACGGCGGGAGGAAGCGCCCUCCCCUGGACCACAAAUUGAGUCACGGAUGCCUCCGACGUCAAACUCGCUACCUCAACCUGGCUCCGGUUAAAUUAGAUAUUUGACCAACUGAGUGGCAACGCCACAGCCAUUGUGAACCGCUUGAGCGAGAGGGAGCGCGGGGGGCGGGAGAAGUACCCGUUGGUGCCCCCCCUCCCUCCGCGGCUCCCCCAAUGCCGCGUUGACGUUGCAAAGCAGAGCGACUCGCAAAGUACCCAUAGCUAGCGGGUAACGUCAUUGACGCGCUCACCUCCCUCCCUGUGGUGUCGAGUCGACGCAGGUACGUGUGGUAAGUACCGCAGCCGCCUCCAUUGCACCGCGGAGGGCGUCGCGUCGGCAUCGUUGUCACUGUCCGUGUCGUCAUUGAUGUCCAUGUCGUGCCCAGUGUCGUCAUCGCUGUCCGUGUCGUGCCCUCGGGGAGUCUCCACUCGGCUGCCGGGUCUGCGGGGAGCGGCGGCGCAGCGUUUGAUGCGCCAAUAACCCCAGCGAACCAAGUUCGAUUCCCCGCUCACGGCCACCAACGCCAGUCCCGAUUAUCUGAACCGGUCCUGGGCCCUCCCCUACGUUGACUCGGCCACAAAUGAGUACCUGGUUUGGUGCAAUGUGUAAACAUUUCCACAAGGAAACAGGCUUCCGGAUGUGGCACUAGCCACGUCCCACCACCCUGGGCAGGAUCGGCAACUGAGUGCAAACACAGCUUUUAUUGUAGAAACAUUGAAGCAUUAUCAGUGGACGUGUUAACACUAAUGGAGUUGGCCAAGCAUCCCAAUAUGGGGCCACGGAGCUUGGGCGAUUGUUGGUGGUGCCGCUUGCGGACGCCUUCCCGCUCGUCUGUGUGGUCCCCCUCCCCACGCCUCUGAAUUUCGACGGAAACUUGCACAGCGCGGCAUCGAGACUUUUGUGCUGUAUGCCCAUUCACUCAGACCGCAGACCCCUCGGCGCCACGGAGAUUCCCUCGAUGCGCCGACUCGACGGUUCGCGUGCGUGCGUGUGCGGCAACGGGAACUGAAAGAACAGAUACUAGAGUCGAGCAAGGGUUGGACACAGCACCCAGGGUCUGCCCCGUGCAGACAUCGCACCUGGAGUCCAACGAGAUCUCUGCGGUGGCGGCAGCAGCAGCGCGGCGGUGGGAGUGGUGGCAGCCACGCCAACCGCGGUGGGGGGGGUAGCGCUCGCCAGCAUCCCGAGGUGGGGGGGGAGGGUGGCGUGCGGUGGUGACGCUCGAGCCACGGCAAGAAGGGACCUGGGCUCGAUUUCCAACUUGGGCAUCUGUGUGGAGUCUUUCUGGUGGUGUCCCCCCUGUUCUGCGUGGGGUUUCUCCCAGAGCCAUUGACGCAGCGUGACUGGUAUUGGCCAAAAACAAUAACUCUCGACCUGGAAAUUGCACGUGUGAACACUUGUCAAGACCCUCCUAAAAACAGACGAACCUUUUCUAGGUGGACGAAUAGUCAAUCUAUGUCAUCGUUACGUCGCACAAGACAAUUUCAGGAGGGGUCCUGCCAAGUUUCCACAAUCGUGGCUGAUGCUGCUGCUGUGUAAUCUCAGCCGAGACGUGAUUUGCCUGAUAAGCUGCGUGGCAUUUUUAGCUAUGGGGAGUUGGAAACCGAGGAACUCUGACGCAGAAUGAGGGGGGUGGGAUCGGACAAACUCCACGAAUCGAGUCCCAGAGCUUGUUGCUGCAAGACACGAGUGGCGCCACCGCGCCACCACCCACGCUGGGGGGGGGGGGGGUGCUUGGCUGCCUGUUUUGGUUGGGGGGGAACUUCACUGUGUGGAUAAUGGUCCCGAGUCUCCGCUGAGGAAGACGACGAUUGCUGCUGCUGCUACCGCAGUUCUCUCCCGAGAGGCGAUGGGGGGUGAAUGUGGGGAGAGAUUUGUUUUUAUAAAUAAAAGUUUUGCUACUUGUCCGGGUGUCGUUGGCUGCUACGUUGACGGUCACGUGGCCUCCGUCCCUUGAGUCGGUGGCUUAACAAGA